ACACAAAAAGGCAAAAAAGGGUGGGGAAAAAUCUUGCUAAAUCAUCUCCAACAAAAUUAAGAAAAAUGAAAGGAUCAUCAUGGAAGCAGAUGUUGAUGCCUAGUGUAGGAAUGGUUAUUACAAUAAUAGCCAUAGUUACAAGUAUGAUAAUUAGCAAAAUAGCCAUGUCUAAAGGACUUAGUAGCUUCAUCAUUGUUGUCUACUCAAAUGCUGUUGCUACUCUCAUACUUUUUCCUCCUUCCAUCUUCAUCUUUAUAACAAGAUCAAGGAGUCAUCCAUUGACCUUCUCUGCUAUUUGGAGAAUCUUGAUGCUCGCUUUAAAUGGGUGUUUUGGGCAAAUAUGUGAUUAUGUUGGUAUAAGUUAUAGCUCUCCAACACUUGCCACAGCAAUGCUCAAUCUUAUUCCAGGUUUUACUUUCAUCCUUGCCAUUACUUUCAGGAUGGAAGUGAUCAAUUGGAAAAGUUGGAGUAGCUAUGCCAAAGCCUUUGGGACAUUUGUUUCAAUUGGAGGUGCAUUUGUUUUGACAUUUUAUAAGGGCCCUCCAAUCAUUAACCAACACUUAACUUCUACUUUCUCAUCUCAACAAAAUUGGAUCCUUGGAGGAGUUAUACUUGCUUGUGAGUCUAUGUCCACUUCACUAUGGUACAUUAUUCAGGCUUCAAUUCUUAAGAUAUACCAAGAAGAGAUGGUGAUAGUGUGUUUGUAUUGCUUCUUUGUGACCAUCAUAUCUACAUUAAUAUCCCUAGUGGUGGAGAGAAAUACAAAUGCUUGGAUCAUAUAUCUAGACAUUCGUCUCAUUGCUAUUCUCUACUCGGGUAUAAUUGGUAUAGCAUUUAGGAGUUGUAUGACAACAUGGUGCCUCAAGAAGACAGAUCCUCUCUUUGUUUCAAUGUUUAAGCCCUUUGCCAUUGUUUUUGCUAUCCUCAUUGGUACCUUUUGCUUUAGAGAUGCUUUCUACUUAGGAAGUUUGGUGGGAUCAGUGACCACAGUGAUUGGGUUUUAUGCUGUGAUGUGGGGAAAAACUCAAGAAAAAUACUAUGAGGGGAACAACUUAGAAACACUUGCUGAAAAUAAUGUCCCUCUGCUGCAAAAUGAGGCAUAAAUACGGUGUUUGAGUCAGCUCGUGUGCGCCUCAAUUAAUUUUAUGUGAUAUUUAUUAUCUUUCAUUAAACAACACAAAUACUGAAUCAAUUCAUUUCGAGGAAAGAAAUAAUUGUAUGUUAGUUGUAAA